GGGGCGACUCCAGCCCCUCUCCGGGCCCGCGGGGCCUGGCCCUGCCAGGUGCGCCAUCCGCCGCAGCCAGGUUCCUUGCCAGAGGCUUCCACUCCCUCCAGACCACUCAGCUCAUCACCCACAGUUGUCUGCGGAGAAUGCAGAUGCUGGCUGCCUCCUGCGGGUGGCACUGUACCAAGAGGUGAUUCCAGGCCAGAAUGGGAGACUCCAGGGACCUUUGUCCUCACCUUGACUCCAUAGGGGAAGUGACUAAGGAGGACUUGCUGCUCAAAUCUAAGGGAACGUGUCAGUCAUGUGGUGUCAGCGGACCCAACCUGUGGGCCUGUCUCCAGGAGUCUCUGCCACCCUGCCACCCUCUGAAAGCUGUCCCUAUUGCCGUGGCUGACGAGGGAGAGUCCGAGUCAGAGGACGAUGACCUGAAACCUCGAGGCCUCACAGGCAUGAAGAACGUCGGGAAUUCUUGCUACAUGAAUGCCGCCCUGCAGGCCCUGUCCAACUGCCCUCCACUGACCCAGUUCUUCUUGGAGUGUGGAGGCCUGGUGCGCACAGACAAGAAGCCAGCCCUGUGCAAGAGUUACCAGAAGCUGGUCUCUGAGGUCUGGCACAAGAAACGGCCAAGCUAUGUGGUCCCCACCAGCCUGUCUCACGGGAUCAAGUUGGUCAACCCAAUGUUCCGAGGCUAUGCCCAGCAGGACACCCAGGAGUUCCUGCGCUGCCUCAUGGACCAGCUGCAUGAAGAGCUCAAGGAGCCAGUGGUGGCAGCGGUGGCAGCACUGACAGAGGCUCGGGACUCGGACUCAAGCGACACAGAUGAGAAACGGGAGGGCGACCGGAGCCCAUCAGAGGAUGAGUUCCUGUCCUGUGAUUCAAAUAGUGACCGGGGUGAGGGUGAUGGGCAGAGUCACGGUGGGGGUACCUCGCAGGCCGAGACAGAGCUGCUGAUUCCAGACGAGGCAGGCCGCGCCAUCUCCGAGAAGGAGCGGAUGAAGGACCGCAAGUUCUCCUGGGGCCAGCAGCGCACGAACUCAGAGCAAGUGGACGAGGAUGCUGAUGUGGACACCGCCAUGGCCACCCUCGACAACCAGCCCACGGAGUCUCAGCCACCAUCACCACGGUCCCCCAGCCCCUGCCGGACACCAGAGCCAGACAAUGAUGCCCACCUACGCAGCUCCUCUCGCCCCUGUAGCCCUGUCCACCACCGCGAGGGCCACGCCAAGCUGUCCAGUAGCCCUCCUCGUGCCAGCCCCGUGAGGAUGGGGCCAUCGUACGUGCUCAAGAAAGCCCAGGUGCUGAGCACGGGUAGCCGGAGGCGGAAGGAGCAGCGCUACCGCAGUGUCAUCUCGGACAUCUUCGACGGCUCCAUCCUCAGCCUCGUGCAGUGUCUCACCUGUGACCGGGUGUCCACCACAGUGGAGACAUUCCAGGACUUGUCACUACCCAUUCCUGGCAAGGAGGAUUUGGCCAAGCUCCACUCGGCCAUCUACCAGAACGUGCCGGCCAAGCCUGGCGCCUGUGGGGACAGUUACGCCGCCCAGGGCUGGCUGGCCUUCAUUGUGGAGUACAUCCGACGGUUUGUGGUGUCCUGUACCCCCAGCUGGUUUUGGGGGCCUGUAGUCACCCUGGAAGACUGCCUUGCUGCCUUUUUUGCUGCUGAUGAGCUGAAGGGUGACAACAUGUACAGCUGUGAGCGGUGUAAGAAGCUGCGCAACGGCGUGAAGUACUGUAAGGUCCUGCGGCUGCCUGAGAUCCUGUGCAUUCACCUGAAGCGCUUUCGGCAUGAGGUGAUGUACUCCUUCAAGAUCAGCAGCCAUGUCUCCUUCCCCCUCGAGGGACUUGACCUGCGCCCCUUCCUUGCCAAGGAGUGCACGUCCCAGAUCACCACCUACGACCUGCUCUCGGUCAUCUGCCACCAUGGCACGGCAGGCAGUGGCCACUACGUUGCCUACUGCCAGAAUGUGAUCAAUGGGCAGUGGUAUGAGUUUGACGACCAGUACGUCACUGAGGUCCAUGAGACCGUGGUGCAGAACGCCGAGGCCUAUGUGCUCUUCUACAGGAAGAGCAGCGAGGAGGCCGUGCGGGAGCGGCAGCAGGUGGUGUCCCUGGCCGCCAUGCGGGAGCCUAGCCUGCUGCGGUUCUACGUGUCCCGCGAGUGGCUCAACAAGUUCAACACCUUCGCAGAGCCAGGGCCCAUCACCAACCACACCUUCCUCUGCUCCCAUGGAGGCAUCCCGCCCAAUAAGUACCACUACAUCGACGACCUGGUGGUCAUCCUACCCCAGAACGUCUGGGAGCACCUCUACAACAGGUUUGGGGGCGGCCCCGCCGUGAACCAUCUGUACGUGUGCUCCAUCUGCCAGGUGGAGAUCGAGGCACUGGCUAAGCGCAGGAGGAUUGAGAUCGACACCUUCAUUAAGCUGAACAAGGCGUUCCAGGCUGAGGAGUCGCCAGGUGUCAUCUACUGCAUCAGCAUGCAGUGGUUCCGUGAGUGGGAGGCCUUCGUCAAGGGGAAGGACAAUGAGCCCCCCGGGCCCAUUGACAACAGCAGGAUCGCACAGGUCAAAGGAAGUGGCCACGUCCAGCUGAAGCAGGGAGCUGACUAUGGGCAGAUUUCUGAAGAGACCUGGAUCUACCUGAACAACCUGUAUGGAGGCGGCCCCGAGAUCGCCAUCCGACAGAGCGUGGCCCAGCUCCAGGACAUGGAGAACCUGCAUGGGGAGCAGAAAAUCGAAGCUGAGACCCGGGCUGUGUGACAUGGGGGGCCAGUCUGUGAGUCACCUGGCUGGGUCCCCUCCUCCCUCUCCAGAGACCCUCUUGUGUCCCUCUGAGUGUCCGAAGAGCGUGUCCCUGAGCACACCUUCCACGAGGCUGCCAGGAAGAAGCCUGUCGGUGGUCCCAUCUUGCUGAGUGCCUGGGUGUUCCCACAGGGCCAGCGUCUGCCCCUCCUCCCUGCAGAGGCUGUGCUUGUGCCCAGAAGAGAGGCCGCCGCUGGGGACACCCAGAUGUGUAAAGAGGCAGGACAGUGGGUUCGGUCACAGUGAGUAACGCUGCAGCUAGGAAAUACAUUCACUUCGGCUUUUUCAGUGACCAAGACUCUGACAUGAAUUUGGGUCUUUGUCCUGGUAGUGCCCACAUCAGUCACUCUCAUUGUUGUGUCCCCCACGUCUGCCCUCCUGCUAGCUCGGGCCCAGCGUCUGUCCUUGGAGCCUGGUGCCACCCCUCAUCAGAGGCUGUGGCCUGGGCCAGAGGUCAGGAACAACUGCUGCUGUACAGGCAUUUGCCACUGUGCAGGUGGCCCUGCACCCCAGAGACAUGCUGAGGGAUGUGGUCAGAGGUGGCCAGUGGAGUGGCUGACCGCUCGGGCCGUGAGGUGCCCCUGCUUGUCCUUUCUGAUGGCCCUGCUUCACCCCGCACUUCCUGACUGUGGCCUGAAGACUCUGGACUUCCGAGGGGGUUUGGGUUUGUCAGUGGGGGGUGUUUCUAGGGGUGGCUGGCCCCCUUGCCCCGUCCACUGAGCCCGCUGUGGAUUGGCUGUAACUUGCAGCCGAGCGUUCGUCCUCGUGGAAUAUCUGUCGAGCCCCCACCAGGGCCCCGGGUGAUGGAACAGAAAUACCUCACAUGGCUGUCAUUUGCUGCUAGAGCAGCUUCCCUGGGGGCCCGUACUAGAGGGAACAUACUUUCCCUUUCUCUCCACACUUGAGCUGUGUAAAGCCCCCGCCCCAGGGAGGUGCACACUGGGGACAGCUCUUACGAGUGGGUCCCUGGAAGUGUCUCGGAGCAAGGCCACAGCUGGGGUGCUGGGAGCUGCUGAGCACAUCGAGGCUGGGUCUGGAUGAAAGAGCUAGGUCGAGGUGCUUCAUCCAGAUCAAAGGAGCUGGGGGCAGGGGAAGGUGUCCUGGGUCCCUGCAGCUGCUGUUGCCUCAGUCUCCUCAAAGGGGACAGUGGUAGAAGUUCCAGCAGGCAGUUGCAGCAGAGGCUGAGGCCUCACUUCUGGGAUCUCGUUUGACCUGGCUCCUGUCCCUCCCCGCCAAGGCAGGCAGCACGUGGAGUGAAGCAGCAGCCGCUGCUGGAGCUGCUUGCUGUUGGCCUCGGUCCUUUGCAGGCAGCCCCACAUUGCACUGCUGGUUUCACCCCAUGUCUGCGCGGUCUAGUUUCUGUGCAGAAUGUCAUAAUAAACACAGAUGCACUCCCUGCGGCC